AUGUCGGCCCCCUUUGAGGAACGUAGUGGGGUGGUUCCUUGCGGAACGCUGUGGGGCCAGUGGUACCAGACUCUGGAGGAGGUGCUCAUUGAAGUUCAAGUGCCUCCAGGCACUUGUGCGCAGGAUAUCCAGUGCGGCCUGCAGAGCCGGCAUAUGGCACUGGCCGUGGGUGGCCGUGAGAUCCUCAAGGGCAAACUCUUUGAUUCUACGAUAGCUGAUGAGGGAACAUGGACACUAGAAUCUGAAUAUGUAGCUGAUCCGUGGGUACAAGAUCAAAUGCAGAGAAAGCUGACAUUAGAGAGAUUCCAGAAAGAAAAUCCUGGUUUUGACUUCAGUGGAGUAGAAAUCUCAGGAAACUACACUAAAGGUGGACCAGAUCUUUCAAACCUUGAGAAGUAACUUUUUUUUUUUUUCCCUGCAUUUCUUGGAUUCUAGCAGAAGUUG